AUGUGGGGGCAAGUCUGCUGCGUCAACUGCGUUAACCGGGCAGAUGAAGGAUCGCAGGAAGCUGUGGUAACUGCAGCCUCCGCCACGAGCGAAGUGGUCCCCAUGGUAAUCACUGGUUCUGAUGACCUGCUGGUCCGGCUCGAGGGAAAUUGGAACCGAGUGGAAGAUUCCAAGUUCAUGGCUGCGGUCUUUGCUCAGAAGAUCAGCUGGGCCAAGAGGUUUAAAUCGCCACCCGUUGACAUAACGGUGGUGAGCUCCGACAAGAUUGCCGUGGAAGUGGAGGGAGAGAAGCUCACAGCUUGGUUCAACGACAAGGAUGAGCUUGUUUGGGACGACGGCGACGUUUGGCAGAAGCAGCCAGAGACGAACGUGAAAGGUUCCUGGGACCAGCCGAUGGAUGACCCACCUGCUGACGCUGUGGCGGAAGACGACGACGAGUACACCCAGUCUUUGCUGCGGCGCGUGGAGGAUCUACAGCAAGAGUUGGCGGACGUGUUGGCUGCCAAAGGCCUUCGGGAAGAGGAUCUUCCUUCGAGCAAAGCGAGGUGGAGGGCCGGUGCCUUCCUGCAAGAUGUUCUGGCAAGAUAA